AUGAAAAUACUCAGUUGGAAUUGCCGGGGACUGAGCAACCCGAGAGCAAUUCCUAACCAUCGAAAGUUGGCUCACGAACACCGUCCCGAAGUUUUAUUUCUGUCUAAAACUUUGGCUAAAUCUCAAAAGUUGGAACACAUUAGAGUGAUACUUAAAUUCGAAGCUUGCUUAUCUAUUGAUGUUGAGGGGAGAAGUGGAGGCAUCACGGUUCUGUGGAGAGAUAGUGCUCAAUGCAGUGUCGUAAAUUUUACGAGAAACUUUGUUAAUAUUCUUAUUAAAGAUGAAUCGAAGGGAGACUGGCGAUUAACCUGCUACUAUGGAUUUCUUGAAAGAGGUAGGAGGAAACAAGUGUGGGACAUGUUACGCGAUAUUCGUGAUAUGUCGAAUGUUCCUUGGUGCGUCAUUGGUGAUUUUAAUGAUCUUUUAUCUCAGCAAGAUAAAAGAGGGAAUCAUGAACAUCCUAAUUGGUUGUGUGUAGGGUUCCGCCAAGUUGUGAAUGAUUGUGACCUUAAUGAUAUCCCAAUAGAAGGACACCAAUUCACGUGGAUAAAAAGUCGAGGCACGGAUCAUGUGAUUGAAGAGAGAUUGGAUAGAGCCCUUGCUAACUCGGACUGGCUGAGUCUUUUUCCUAAUGAGGAAGGUAUCAGAGAUGUUGUGCAUCAAAGAUGGACAAAUGGGAUUAGUCCUGACGUAGUUCAUCGCAUCUCGUCGUGUGCGGAGGAGCUGGAGAAAUGGAACAAGAAACGUAGUAGGAAACAGAAAGAAGAGUUAGAGGUUUAUAAGGCAAUUAUGGAAAACUGUCGUGGCAACCAUGACCCUGCAUCAUUUAAACAGUUCUGUGAUGCUCAAGUUGAAUACAACAAAUUGCUUAUCCUUGAAGACACUUACUGGAAGCAGAGGGCGAAAAUGCACCGGCUUCGCGAGGGAGAUCUCAAUACCAAGUUUUUCCAUUUGUCAGCUACAGCUAGAAGAAAUUCCCAAAAAAUUGAUAUGCUUAUGAAUGAAAACAUGGAAGAAGUCAGAGAUCAUAUGGGAAUUUGUGAGGUUGCUAAAAAUUACUUUACUGAGUUGUUCACAGCUAAGGAAGGUAAUUAUGAUCCGAUUUUAAAUUUUAUACAGGCCUCGAUUACGGAGGAAGAUAAUGACAAAAUGUUACGACAUGUAUCAAAGGAGGAAUUACAUGCGGCGUUACUUGAGAUGCAUCCUGACAAAUCUCUGGGACCGGAUGGCUUCAAUCCGGAUUUUUACCAAAAAUUCAGGGAGUUGUGUAGUGAUAACAUAUUUGAGGCAGUUACGCAUUGGUUGGAUAGGGGCUUCUUUCCGUCAUCGAUUAAUGAAACUAAUGUUUGCCUCAUUCCUAAGACCGUUAAUCCUAAUGAUAUGAAGAACCUCAGGCCUAUUUCUCUUUGCAAUGUGGUAUACAAAAUGGUUUGA